AACCCGAGAAACUGAAAAAACCAGUCAAACACUUUCGGAAAACAAAAACACAGUCCCCGACAAAACUAUAGAACACCAAACACAGCCAUGUACAUGAACAACGGCUACAGCAGCGCCAGCACCAAAAACGGCGUCAAUCUAACCUCCUCCUCCUCAUCCGUCGUCCCCGGCGGCGCAACGACGUCGUCUUCUUCUUCGGGUCCCCAGCAGACCCAGUCCUUGAUCAAGGCCUAUUUCAAGACCCCCGAGGGCCGCUACAAGCUCCACUCCGAGAAGACCCGCCCGGCCAAUCUCCUCCCCUAUUCCUACGCCAAGACAAUCUCCCAGGUCACGCUAGCCCACCUCAAGGACAGGCCCAACGGGUCGGCGCCGGGGCCGGUCCCCGGAAACAUCGCCAGCGGGAGUGUGAGGCACGCGGCGGCGAGGCUGCUCGGAGUUGGGGCCGGGAAUGGGAGCAAGGCGUUGAGUUAUUUGGGUGGUAGUAAAGCUAGUAAUGGAAGUAGUAGAAGCUCUCAUUUUGGUGGUCUAGGUGGUUCUAAUGGGUUUGGGGCUCACUCGUCGCCGAGUUCCAGUCACGGUGGUAAAGGAUCGUUCUUGGUGUUUAAUGUUGGAGAUAGUAUUUACAUCUGUGACCUCAAUUCACCUGAUAAGGAUCCUAUAAAAGCGUUGCAUUUUAGUAAUUCGAAUCCGGUGUGUCAUGCGUUUGAUCCGGAAGCGAAAGAUGGGCAUGACUUGCUUAUUGGAUUGAGCUCUGGAGAUAUUUAUUCGGCAUCUUUGAGACAGCAGUUGCAAGAUUCUGGGAAGAAGCUUGUUGGUGCCCUGCAUUAUAACAAGGAGGGUUCGGUUAAUACCAGUCGCUGUACAAGUAUUGCAUGGGUUCCCAAAGGUAAUGGUACUUUUAUUGCCGCUCAUGCUGAUGGAAACUUGUACGAGUAUGAGAAGGGCAAGGAUGGUACUGGCGACACUUCUUUCCCAGUUAUAAAGGACAUGACUCAGUUUUCAGUGUAUCAUGCGAGAUCCAGUAAGAGUAAUCCAAUUUCCAGAUGGCAUAUUUGUGAAGGUUCAAUAAACAGCAUCGUUUACUCUCCGGAUGGGACAUAUCUGGCGACAGUUGGUAGAGAUGGGUACUUGCGAGUAUUUGACUACUCAAAAGAACAAUUAAUAGGUGGUGGAAAGAGUUAUUACGGUUCUCUUCUAUGUUGUGCUUGGAGUCCGGAUGGAAAAUAUGUUUUGACGGGAGGGGAAGAUGAUCUUGUUACAGUAUGGAGCAUGGAAGAUAGGAAGGUUGUAGCUUGGGGUGAAGGACAUAACUCCUGGGUUAGUGGUGUGGCUUUUGACUUGCAUUGGUCAUCACCAACUUCAGAUGGGACAGAAGAAAAUCUUGUUUAUCGUUUUGGCUCUGUUGGUCAGGACACGAAACUACUCCUCUGGGACCUCUCCAUGGAUGAGAUCAUUGUACCACUUCGCCGGUGUUCAGUUGGUGGGUCGCCAACAUUCAGCACUGGUAGCCAGUCAUCCCAUUGGGACAGCAGUAACCCAGUUGGCACUCUCCAACCUGCUCCAAGCAUGCGGAAUGUUCCCAAGCUCUCUCCACUAGUGGCUCACUGUGUGUAUACAGAGCCCUUAUCUAGCUUAGCUUUUACCCAGGAAGCUAUUCUUACUGCAUCUUGGGAAGGGCAUGUAAAAAUAUGGAUGAGACCGGGUGAACCCGAUAGUAAAUCCACAAACUCAGAAGCUCUGCCAGGUGCUAGUUCGAGGGACCAACUACCACAGAUAGGAAAAGGUUACUCAGAAUCAUCAAGGGGUUACCCACUGCCUGAAACUAAAUCAAACUCACAGUCUCUUCUUGGUGAUAGUUCAAAGGAGCAACAGCCAUCAACAGGCAAAGGUGGUGCCUAUAGUUAUAAAGACUUCUCAAAAAGCAACCGAUACCUUCCGUAGAGCUGAAUCGCAGUUUGAACCUGUAAUUACGGCAGUUCAACUCACUUGUUUCCUUCGGAUUGUGAUAUGUAUGCAUGCAGGUCAGAGUUUGUUUCAGUCGAUUAUGCACAUAGGUAUUAAUCUAGCUCAAUGGUAACAGCUGUAGAGAGAGAGAGAGAGAGAGAGAGAGAGAGAGAGAGAUGCACAUGUUACUGGUGAAGUGGUUCUAGGAACUAUGAAGGGUCGGUUUACAAGCUCACAUAUUUUUCGGUUAAUGGUGACACAGAAAAUUAUCUAUAUGACAAGGAAAAUUCAUCAUAAGCAUAAGUGGCCAUUAUAUUGUUCCUGCAGGGCCAAAUGAUUUUCAAAUCCGUUUAUAAGAAUUAUUUUUCCUGUACUGUUACUGUGUUACUCUGCGAAUUUGUUUGGUACCCAC